AUGUCGGCUGAGCGAGCUUCGGCCUUCCAGCUUGCGGUCGGCUUCUUUGGCUUUAUCAACGCUUUCAAUGCUGCUAUGCAGAAUGCCGAGAAGUCAUCAGGCCUUGAGCUUUACAUCAAUACGCACUGGAUCACAAGCAUCGUGUUCUUUGCCGGGAUUUCCAGGCUAACAAUGAUUGUUAGUUCAUACCAACUCAUAAUCAGCUAG